GACGGAUGGAAAACAUUGUCUUUCGGCCUUUAUACAUAAACACCGUGUAAUAAAAUCACCUUGGUAAUAAAAAGCUUUCUGUGACUGCGUCCAAAUUACUUGAAAUGGGGCUUCUUGCUUUGCUAAAAAAAUUGAAAAGUACACAGUCAAAAGAAUUACGCAUUUUGCUUCUUGGUUUGGACAAUGCUGGCAAAACAACUUUACUUAAACACUUGGCGUCUGAGGAUUAUUCGAACGUUACUCCUACACAGGGUUUUAACAUAAAAACAGUUCAAGCUAAAGGAUUACGUUUAAAUAUCUGGGAUAUAGGAGGUCAAAAAAGUAUACGUGCUUAUUGGAAUAACUACUUUGAAAACACGGACGUUUUGAUAUAUGUCAUAGACAGUGCUGAUAGAAAACGCAUGGAGGAAACAGGAUUUGAACUCACAGAAUUACUUGAAGAAGAUAAAUUAGCUGGUGUUCCUGUUUUAAUAUUUGCAAACAAGCAAGAUCUAUUAAAUGCAGCUAGAGCAGACGAGAUUGCUUCAUUAUUGCAACUAUCUAGUGUCAUUCGAGAUAGAAAUUGGCAUAUUCAACCUUGUUCUGCUACAAGUGGUGAAGGUGUUGAGGAAGGAUUAGACUUUCUAUCAAAGACAUUAAAGGAUGUUAAAAAAUGACAGCACAAAGCCCAACAACUCAAUGGAUCUGAUGAUGAUAACGAUUUCUUACCAUUUACAAUUGAAGUCUAAAGCCUUUUGUUCAUAAAUAAAUACAGUUUAUGUAUGUUUGUCUGUUUCAAAUAAGCAAUUUUAAAAAACAUUUAUGCAUUUAAACUACCUAACAACUAGCUAGGCAAUAAUUUUGGUCAACAUAUGUUGUCAUAAAGUAUCCUGCAUGGCAAUGAACAGAAUAAAAAUUCAUAAAGUAAUGUUCCAAAUGUUUCAACAUAAAAACUUUUUUGACACUUGAAUUAAUAAAAUUCACUGUGCUUGCACAGUUAAAUACAGUGACCUA